UAACUUUUGAUUUCCCCCACCGAUGAACAUUGUUUUGUAUUUUGCAAUCGCAGCCGAUCGAAGACGGGUCCCAAUCCGGAAUCCCUUCAGGCCUACAGGAGGAUCGCGCCAUUUGCAAUAUUCAUCAUGGCACUGAUCAAUUUGGCGGUAAUCUGAGGCGAUAAUAGUAUCUGAAUAACUCAUUGCUAACCUGACAAAAGUUUUUUCUCUGGACGAAAUCCUUGCAUUGAAAAGUUAGGAAAUAUUUAACCGUUAACAUUAUACACUCAAUAUUUUUAGCUUUAGGAAAAACAUCUUAACAUUUCAUAAUGGAUUCGUCUACUGAAGAAAAAACUUUUGCCGAAACCUUCAAUGGCACGUCAAGCCCACUGGAGAACGAUUCUAGUCUUACUGCUAACGAAGAUCAAAUUUGCAGCAUCUGCAAUAACAAGUACAUCAUGCCCAGGCUACUGUCCUGUCUUCAUAUAUUCUGUGAGAGCUGCCUGAAUAAGCAGCUGAGUGAUAAUGAAGGAGGAGGUGACAUGAUAAUUAGAGAUGGGAUUUUGACUUGUCCAGAAUGUCAACAAAAAACUAAAGUUGGACCGAAAGGAGCGGCUUCUUUGCCCUGUGAUUAUGUGCUGAUGAACAUUUUGGACAUGUCGGCGAUCAGCAACACGUCUGUGGAGUGCACCAGCUGCAAGACCAAGGAGUAUGCCAUUGCGCGAUGCUCGGACUGUGCAAAUUUCCUUUGCCCUAAUUGCAACACAGCCCACCAGUUCAUGAGGUGUUUCGAGAAUCAUCACGUUGUUAAGUUUGAAGAUUUGAAGAAGUCGAAAGAAGCGCUGCCCAUUCAUAAGCCUGUAUUCUGCGAGCUGCACUCGACCGAACCGGUCAAGUUCUACUGCUACACGUGUCAGGUGUUGAUCUGCAAUGAGUGCCUGGUGGUGGAGCACUGCUCGCCGGAGCACCACUACGAGCGGCUGUCGGAGGCGGCCGACAAACAGCUGACGGAGCUGCAGUCGCUGAUCGCCGAGAGCCGAGCCAAGGGCGCCCACUGCGAGGAGCUCACCGCCCAGCUGCAUAUUGCACUCAACGAUCUACAGAUGCAACACGAUACGGCCGGAGACCUGAUCAAGGAGACGUUUCAGAGCUACAAGGCGGUGCUGGAGAAACUGCGUGACGACCGUCUGGAAGAGCUGAAGUCAAUUCACAAGCAGCGCGAACUGAAGCUGAUGGAGACCUUCCACAGUCUGGAGAAGUCGGUGGAGUGCAUUGAGAACGCCUGCAAGUUCACCACCCGCCUGCUAGAGCUGGGCAAUGCUGCCGAAAUCCUGUCGCUGCGACGCUGUGUCUCCACACAGCUGCUCAACCUCAUCAACAACACGCACAAGCCUGACGUCAAUGUCAACAUCGAGUUCAAGUCCGACAUGAACAAGUUCACUGACGCUAUACAGUCGACGUUCGGCAGCUUCCGCAAAGAGGUGCCGCCGACUGCCGCAGUGUCGGUGUCGCCGCAAGAGGACCAGCGCAGUGGAGGGGGGGUGCAGCGAGCCAUGAGCAGCGCAAGCGCAGGAGUCACGUGUCCUCCCAGCUCGAUGACGUCAUCACCCGUCUCGUCGUUCGAGGGAGAACUGUUCCAAAGCCAGCCUUCGCCCGUAGUGCUGCCACCACUCACCAUGAUGCAGGAGUACAACCUGACACAGUUGGCCAGCCUGGCAGUGGUCGAUAAACUGGACCACUCGCCGCAGAGCGCCAGCCCCACCCCGCCGCAGACCUUCAGUCUGGUCGACUUCUUCCCGGGCGACAUCAGCUCCAAUGCGCUCUCCAACCUGCAGGCGCUGGCCAAGCUCGGCAACGAACCCGAAACGUUGACAAAUGGUUCGAUAAACGGAACCAACGGAGUGAUAACAGGACGUCAGACAUCCUAUGCCAGUCUGAGAGGUCUCCUUCCGCCUAUCGAAGCUUCCAUCCCAUUGACCAAUGGCAGUGGAGGUUAUGCACCAUCUUCGCCCAGUCUUUCCCAGUCAGAUGGGCUGGCCCCAUCAAUCACCAGCAGGAGCCUGGGGGGGUUCGCAAGUGGGCGGCUGCAGAACGGCAAAUCAUCGGCCAUGCAGAUACGCAGCAAGUUCGGCCAGAUGGGCUCCGGCGACGGUCAGUUCAAUUCGCCCCAUGGCUUCUGUCUCGGCGUCGAGGAGGACAUCAUUGUUGCCGAUACCAACAACCACCGUAUUCAGGUGUUUGACAAGGGCGGAGUGUUCAAGUUCCAGUUUGGUAGUUCGGGCAAGGAGGAGGGGCAGCUGUGGUACCCGCGCAAGGUAGCCGUUAUGCGCCCCUCCGGCAAGUUCGUCAUCUGCGACCGAGGCAACGAGCGUUCGCGCAUGCAGCUCUUCAACAAGAACGGACAGUUCUUGAAGAAGAUUGCAAUAAGGUACAUUGACAUCGUGGCCGGCCUAGCCGUGUCGAACGGCGGCCGUAUCGUGGCCGUGGACAGUGUCUCGCCGACUGUGUUCAUCAUCGGGGAAACCGGAGAUCUGCUCAACUGGUUCGACUGCAGCGACCAUAUGCGCGAACCAUCCGACAUCGCUGUCAAUGGCAAAGAGUUCUACGUGUGCGACUUCAAGGGUCACUGCGUGGUGGUAUUCACCGAGAUGGGCAAAUUCGUGCGACGUAUCGGCGGCGAGAACAUCACCAACUUCCCCAACGGCAUCGACAUCUCCGACGCCGGCGACGUGCUGGUCGGUGACUCGCAUGGCAAUCGCUUCCAUAUUGCUGUUUUCAACAAGGACGGCCUGCUGCUCUGCGAGUUCGAGUGCCCCUAUGUCAAGGUGUCACGCUGCUGUGGCUUGAAAAUCACGUCCGAAGGAUACGUUGUAACGCUGGCUAAGAACAAUCACCAUGUUCUUGUGCUCAACACACUCUACAUUCAGUAAGUUGAAGGCACGAUCUGAGUCGAAAGGUACUUAGUAGCAUAACACAGGUACCCGUUUCUCUCGUUUUAUCAUUUUUCUCUAGCAGAUCUCACUCUUCCGUCUAGUUAAUUAUUUAUCAUUUCACAAUUUUUAACAAUUUUUUGUCGACUGUUUUUACAUUUAUAUUUUAAUAUUUAAUUUUUAAGCUAUAUUUUUAACUCAGUUACUACGUACUUUGGUGUUCAAGUAUCAAAAUGUUUCGAUUUUUAACAACUAGGAUCUUCUCUACAGGUUGUAGACUAAAGCACAUACGGUUAGCUAACAAGCUGAGAUAUUUUAUCGCCAUAUACUUUACCUAAACAAUAUUAGUAUUACUUUAUUGUAUUGCCCUUCUAUAAUAUGUAAUCUAGUGUUUAGUGACAUACGCAAAAUCGAGAAAAACAAGGCAUUUAACCAAAUCGCAGUAACCAAAUCUACGGAAUGCUUAUUUAUGCACUUUAUACAAUAUCACUUUUCGUUGAUUCAAAACUUUUUCAAUAUUAAUCUAUAAACUUUUAUUUUAUAUAUUUUAAGUAGUUUGUUACUGUUAUUGUUACAUAAUAAGAGCAUUGUUCCUAUUUAAUGAGUAACGUAAUAUUCUUCAUUAGAUGUUCAUAUAUAUCUAUCUAGGUAGAUGAAUUUUAACUUGUUUUUUUUAAAUAUUUAAUUUUAUUUUAAAAUAAUAUUGUUAGAGUUUUACCUUUUUUGUGAUUGGAUCCGUGAAUUCCAGUUUUACUGCUCUUAAUAUAUAUUUUAAUCUGUUUUGUGAUUAGUAUAACAAUAAUCAUUCCUUUCAUUUUGUUUUUGUGUUUUAUCAAAAGUGAAUUUUGGUUAUUGUAGAUUUUUAAGACUGAAAUCAUGCCUGAAGUUUUAUGAAGGGCCAGUAAUUAUCUUCGAUUUCAAAUGAUUGAUGAAUUUAUUUUCUUGAGAAUUUUCCUCAAGUUUUCAUGAGUACUGACAUUGACACACAAGCAAUUGCUGAGUUAGAAUUCAUAAUUUUAGAAUUGAAUUGUUUCUGGUGAAACAGGAUCUACAGUGUAAUAUAGUAAUUAUUUCAAACGGCAUUCUCAGGUGAUAUUCAUAUUUAUGUUAUGUAUAUUUGUGAAUAUUAUAAAAAAUGGACUCCAUUUUAAAAGAUCAAAGAUCGAGCUUAAUUUUAGUUCAAUUUACAAAAUUUGUCUGAAAUCCAAGUCAAGUUUCCUCUUCAAAUGUUCCUGUGCAGAACUCCUGUUCUUUAGAAAAUAACUACAUCUAGAGUAAUCGGAAAUACAGACGUAUUAUAUAGGCAUUGUAGUAUUAAUUUCAGAUUAUUUGAAGCUUGUAAGUUCGAUAUGGAAACGAUUUGUAGGGACACUUGACUGUUCCACCGAAAUUAAAUUUCCCUUGAAAAAAAAUUAAAAAACAUAAAAAUCUAAAAAAAAGGUAUGAAGUGGUCUACAAAAAAAAUUAAAAAUCUCAAAAAAAAAUAAUUAGAAACACUUACAAGCGCUCAAGUUCGAUAAUAAAUUGAGACGAUUUGAUUUGGAAAUAUUGAAGAAUUUAUUCCAAACAUGAUUCUUACACUCCAGCUUGGAUGAAGUAGUUAUCUUUAUGGCUUAAAGUGUUUCUAUUCUCUGUCAUUAAUCAAGAUAAAAAUUAAUAUUGGAAUAAUAACGUAAUCUACAUCGGUAUAAAAUUUAAAACAAAAAAAAAUUAUUAGCCAAAAAUCAUUCAAAAAAAUUUUUAUUGGAAGAAAUUAAUCUAACCCCAAAAAUUAUAUUAAAAAAAUCACUAACCCCAUAAAUCGCUUUGACUGAAAAUUAAAUAAAUAUCAAUAUCUUGAAGUAUAGUUUACGUUAUUUACUCCAAUGUUAUAAAAAAUCUUGGAAAAUACAUUGAAAUUGAAAAAAAAAAUCAAAUGGUGAAUUAAAACAAGGGAAAUUAAAAAUCUAGGGGAACUUCAUAUUUUGUUUUUUCAAUAUUUUCCAAUUGUCUUAAAUCAAUAGUCAAUUGGUUAAAUCUGUAUACUCUAUAACACCGAAAUUUACUCAAAACUAUUUAAACUUUGUUAUGAAAAUAUUCUUUCCAUCAAUAUUUAGAUGGUUUUCUAUAGUUUUCUCUACGCUCUCUUUCAGUUCAAAUCUAUUUUCACUUGAAAGAAUGGAGUUCAUUUUUGAUGUCUGCUUGAAUGAAGCUAAUGUAAUUUAGGUCUGCCUCAGUGUUUUGAUCAAUUUUUAAGAUGGCGGAUUCCAUAUUUUUGUGCACAUUUACAUUUAAUAAUUCUAUAGCUGUAAUAAUUACUAUCAUUAAUAUUCAUCAGUGCCAUUAAUGUAACCAAAUUCUAGAAUGCACCUACAUGUAUGAGGAGGUGUGAUUUGUGUGUUAGGUGUUGAAAUUAUUAAACUUAGUGUGUUAAGAAUUCAGUCAAACUUUUAAUUAUAAAAUUCAUAAAAUAAUUGAAAAAAAAAUUACUGGGCUCUCCAUGUUAUUAGGAAUUGAAUUAGGGCAAAACUUCAUUAACUUUUGAAGAAUGGUUGUCGUCAUGAUUCUUGAUGUAGCUCAUUGUUUUUUCGAUUUCAGAGAUUAUUCAAUCAAAUAACGUUAAUGUUGCUAAGGCACACAAAACAUAUUUUUAUGUCAACUAAUAUUUUAUUACUUUAUUCUUUGAGGAUGUUGCAAUCUAGUUUUAAUAGAUGUAUUAUUAAAUGUGUACGAAGCAUUUUUGUGUAAGUGGUUGUGUAAGUCUUGUGUGAUGGGUGUAAAUGGAUAGUCUUAUAUGAGUAUUAAUUAUGAUGAUUAUUGUUGAUGUUUAAUUGAUGCCAAAACUUCAUUACCUAAAUAUUUAUACAUAUUAUAUAUACAAAUUAAGCAUAGAUAUAACAUUUUUGUAUUCCUCGAUUUUCCUAUCAUUCUUGGUUUUUUACGUACCUAUUUUCUAUUCAGUAUAUCGUUUCUCAAGUGCCUAAUACGCGAAUAAUUUCAAAGAUAUUGAAUCAAGAACGUUUUUGUAGAUUUUCUUGCCGUAUAGUUUACAAAUGCAUCACACUCGACCCAGGCUAAUCCAAUAAUAUUUAAGUCAAGCUAUCUAUUUUAUGUCUUAUUAUGAAAUCUAUAUCAAUUUAUUUGAAAAUACUUGACAACUCAUGAGUUUUACCCCUUGAGAUAUGAAUUUUAGUUGGUUUUAAUGUUUUAUCCCUGUAUUUUUAUGUUUGUUCAUAGUUUUUUAGUCCACUCAGAUAUUUUUUAAUAUAAUAUUUUAAUAGAAAAUGCUUGUCAAAAGACUUAUAUACUAUACAAUUGAAAUUUGCUCAAUAAUUAUGAUUUGAAUUGAUAAGUGGAACUACAUACAUAUGGAAGUAAUGAUAUUUAUUGAAAUACUCAUUGGCAAUUCUACUCUUUUUAUAAUUAUUAUAUCCUCCCAACGACGGAAAAAUAAUAAACAUAUAAACUUUUUCCUUCAACAGAAAUUAUUAAACAUAUUCUAGCAAAUUAGUGUUAUUAGAAAGAAAACAAAGAGCUUAUUCAAAUUUGCUUUAGAUUAAAAAUAUUGUAUUGGUGAGCCUUAAAUUGAAAGAAAAAUUAGUCAUUUUGUAAAUUUUCAUACCACAUAUCAAAACCAAUGUACAAUGUGAAUAUUAUACUCCUUAUUAUCAUUUUGUACAUAUUUAUAAUUCCCAACUAAAACAAUAUUUUAUAGUUGAACUUAUUGAGCAGAUAAUUUACGAUAGAUGGAUCUUUUGUUCAUCAGAAAUAUAUAGAUAUAUACUAUUUCCCACUCAUUCUUCAAUAUCUAUGUAGAAUAUUUAUGAUUUAUAUAUAUCUAGAAGACUAUAAACAAUAUUUUCUUGAAACUGAUUAUGCCUAAAACAAUAUUGAGCAAUAUUUUUAUCUUGAUAAUAAUAUAAUUGAAGUAACUAAUUGUUUAUUGUAAUUAAUCCAAAAAGGCUUCCAGAUGGACCUCAAGUUAACAUAAUAAGAAUUCAAAAAUGAAUUUUUUGGUCGGAAGAAUCAAUUUUAUGUAGAAAAAUACAGAACAUAAAAUCACACACUACAUGGUAUCCUAUUAACAUUUACAUUUUUUGAGAUCUUUGAACAAAAAGUUGGAAAUUAUUCAUAGCAUUUUUGUUGGCCUAAAUAUUUCUCUACUAGGGUAUUGAAGAUAUCAAUUAAUAUAGUGUUGCAAUAAUUUUGUUUUCCAAAUGAAUUUAACCUAGGAGUACUGCAAAAGAAGUAACCAAUUUUAUGAAAAUUAAUCUAUAAAUACUUUUUAUGUGCAAUUUAAAAAUUGAAUUCACACUGUCUACUUGAAACAGCAUUCAACUAAGAUAAAAUUAUUUUUCCCCCAUAACCUAAGAAUUAUCAAUAAAUAUGUUAAACAACUAUUUACAAGGGUCUCCAAAAUUAUUGUAAAGUUAUAGAUCCUGGAAUCUGGAAAUACUGUUGCAAAUUUUGUCAGGAAACUAAAUUUUAACUAAAACAUAACAAACUAAUUUAAUUUUUCUAUUCAACAUUGAGAUUUUAUUAAAUAAAGAUAAAUUUCAUAGUCUCUUUGACAAAAGAUAAUGAAAUAGAAUUAGAUGAAACUGAACCAUUCAAUUAUCUUGUGCUUGUAGUCAAACUAACAAAACAAUAUAAUCUAUGACAAUAUUAAAUUGUACUAUUAGACAACAUUAUUUUUAAUAAUAUAAUUACAAAAUAAAGCUGCCUAUCUCACUACUAAACUUUGCCUUAAUAUGUAUGAGUAUCCUAAUUAUUUUUUAUCACAAAUACUUAGUUUCAUAAACUCCAAAUCAAAAUAAAUAAUAUUUUAGCUUUGAAUUAAUGACAUAAUUUAAUAAAUUGUUUCCUUAUUUCAUAGAUAAUAUAUAUUCUCUAGAAAGCCUAAAUAAACUAAUUUUUUUUUGUUUGAACCUAAAAAAUAAUGUAAUCAAAUUGAUUAUUUGAAGCCUUAAUACCGUACCAAAGAAGAACUAGAAUGAGUAGUAAUCUCUAAAAUAUUAACAAAUAAUUUAUAAAAGUAUCACCAAAUCAUAAUAAUUUCUAAAUUAAUUACUCAAUUCAUGUUUCUUAAAAAAUGAUUUAUUCAAAUUAAAUACAGUAGUUGACCAAUGAGUUCCAGUAUUAUAGCAAUGUAACUUUUUUAAUUAUCAUUAUUUUAAUUCCAAAAUAAAUAAUCAAUUUCUUUGAUGAAACUUAUUCAAGCUCAUCAGAAUCAUUUAUGAAACUUGCCUAAAAUUGUACAUCCACGUUAACCAAAUUCAAAUAAUUUAAUGAAUGAAAAUGAUAAGAUUUCUUCACUAUCCUGUAAAACCAUACAAAAUUACUUUUCCUCUAUUUUUAUACAUCUCAGUGCCGGUUGCACAAAAGCCGGUUCAAUUUUAACCGUGAUUAGUUCCACAAGAACCAAUCAGAGAAUCCGUCUUUUCAAAAACGCCUUCUCUGAUUGGUUCUCGUGAAGUUAAUCACGGUUAAAAUUUAACUGGCUUUUGUGUAACCGGGCCUCAGUAUUGAAAGAACCAAUGGAUACAUGUCAACCAACAUACUUGAAAUUUCAAUAGUUGACAAUACUUAUUUAAAAUAAUUUUUAUAUUAAAUAAUAUUUUCAUUCAAAUAUGUACAACAUAUUUGCAUUUCCAAAAUACUCUGCAUCAUUAAAUUACUCUACAUAAUAUUGAAACACAAUUAUAUGAAUUCUGUCCAAGGUGCCUAUAUUCAGUUCCGAUUAAAAUGAUUAUCUUUUAGAUAAUUAUCAUUCAUACCCUUUACUGCUGCAAAUCGAAUUCUGAAUUACCUUUUAUUCGAAAUAGUUUUCCUUCUAGCUUAUAUAUUAGAAUGUUGGAUUCGAAACUGAUUAAACACUCUUAAAUGUAGAAUAUCUAAUAUUCAGCUUUUUUCUAGGGUUCCUCUUAAGAUAAAAUUAAUAAUGAUUCAUCGAUUAAUAAUUCAUCUCUUCAUAGAUUACCCACUGAAAAAAAUUAAUGUGAUUAAGAGUGGAAUAACAUCUUUAAUUCUCUUAUCAGUCAUUGAUUUUCAUAAUAUUUCAUUUCCUUCCAAAACUUUCUUUUCAGGAACUUUUUGCGUUAUCAAUAUGAUAGUGAAUAAUGAAGUGAUAAUUUAUUGCUCUAUAUAAUAUUUAUCGUGAAAUUUUGAUAGUUUACUUUGAUGAAAAUAUAAAUAAAAUUAUUAAUAGUCUAUGUCUAUAUUUGUACAUUAUAUCCAGUUUUUUAAACAAAUUUUACUCCACUACUUUUAAUGUGUUCUUAUUGUGAUUGUCAAAUCAAGACUAUAAUUAUUCAACCAAUAAUAUUCCAGUUAUUUUAUCACAUAUCUAAUUCAGACAUAUAAAUACAUAGCUUGACUUGAAAAAACCUAGUCAGUCAAAUACUAUAUACAAUAUCUUUGAACGAUGCAUUUUUAAUUUUAUUGAAAUAUUUUUUUCAAUUUUAUUUACAUUUUUUUUCUAUUUUAUUUGCUUUAUUUUUUCCAAUAGAUCACAUUUUUACCAAAGCUGAUAUGAUUUUAUAAUUUUCUCUCAAUUUUAAAAACCCUACUUUGUGAAGCCAAGCUUGUGAUAAUAGUAUCUUCAGGAUAAGUUAAUACAUUGAUAUUGAAAAACAAAACUACUCAAAUAUGUUGAUAUAUUGAUUAUUAUUUUUAUUCACAUUUUAUUUUGCUGCUGAGUAGAUCAAUUUUUACUAGUACCAGAUCUAUUAAAAUCUAUUAAACACUGUAUUUAUAAAAUAAUAUUUAGUGAAGUAUUUAAAUUCAUUGGUCUUUACUAAAUUUAUUCGUAUUCUUGUUGUAAUGUUACUUUGAUUUUUAUCAUAAUAUAUAAUUAUAAAUUAUUUCUCAGCAAUCUUCAAUGUAGUUUUUAUAACAAUUGCAGUGAUUGAAUAUUAUUUUUAAAGAUAAUAUCGAGCUCGUGAAUGUUCAAAACUUAUGAACAAAUCUGUUUUCAAGAGCUUAUUAAAUAUGUGUAAUUGUCUUCAUACUUAUUGUAAAACAAAAGUGAAAUAUUAUUCUAUAUUCUUUAUUUAAACUGAGAAGUUCAGUAUAAUUUUUAUAAUAAAUUAGGUAAAUUAUCCACCUUAUAUAUAUUAUAUAAUAUUAAUUAAUUGUGCCAUUAGAUCUAUGAUCUUUUUUACCGGGACCUAUUUAUUUCCUCACUCGCUUUAUUUGGUCUUGUAUUUGGAUAUCAAUAAUUAUUAAAUAAAUCUGUAUUUUAAAUGUGAUUCAAAUUUUGUAUUAACUAAUGUCAUAAAUUCAAUCCAAGUCUCAUUGUUGUUUAUCUAAAAGCACAAUAAUUUGUUCCAAUAUUAAGAUCUAACAUUUAAAAGGAUUGUCAUUGAUGUUUUCCUAUUAAUAAUACUGAAUAAAUUUUAUAUAUAACGAUUUUUCUCAAAAGAGCUUAAAUUUGCCAAUUCGCUCACAUGUUUUUCUCUGUAACACAUUUUUGAUAUUGUAAAAAUUAAAAAAAAUAUUGAUGUACAUUUGAAUAUCUACUAAGAUGUAUUCUCUUGAAUCUAUAUGUUAAUUAGAAUAUUUUGGGGGAAUAGAUAUUAGACAAGUGGUAUAAGACUUAUAUUUAUUUUCUGAAUUCUUUAAACAAUUAUUUUGAAAUCAGUUUUAACUCACCCAGUAUUAAAUAAAUGUUGUUUUUUGCUGGGUUUCAUUAUUUCUAUCCGGGAUCUGCAUAUUACUAAAUAGAUAUGAAGAGUCUAUUAAAAAUAGUUGAUCCUUGUUGCUUUAAACCCGAAUAUUAAUUUAUUCGUACAAUGUUCUCUUUUUAUUUAUAAUUACAAUGGUCUCUGUUUCAAAUAAUCUGUUUUUAAUACAAUUUAUUGAGUUGGGUAUAACACGUUACCAAUUCUCCAUACAUGGAGUUUUAUAUAUCUCUACAAAUUAUUAUUACACUAAAUAAUCUUUUGUAAUUUCCACCACUUUUGAUAUUUUUUACAACCGUUGAGAUUUUCCUUUGUGACAGUACUUUCAUUCUUGCGAUUCUUUAUUUUUAACUGUGUAAAAAUUCAAACAUGUUUCAAAAAUAUUAAUGGACCAUUAUUUUCAUUGAUUAGAAAAAUUUAUUUCUAUUGUAUAGCUUCUGUUGAAUUUAUUAUCCAACUGUUUAUUCUUCAUCUAGAUUUUGUAGAUACUUGUUAUAAUUUCUUAUUUUUAAGACUUACUCUAUUUAUUCACUUUUAAAACUCUUACUUUAUUUCUGAACCGACCAAUACUGACUCUGAAUUAACGCUCAUUUACUUUAAAUUUACCUAGGAUAAACUUAGAAUAAGCAUUAAGUAUUACCAAGUCAAUAGCAGAGUUGAUAUUUUAUUUUUCAGCUCUAUUCACUAUAACACAUAAAACUAAUUCAAGGUAAUAUAAUAUUAGCGAAGGAUAAUCAUGAAUCAGUCUCUUAUCAAUUCGUAUUUUGAAAAUUGUUGCAAUAUUUUUCUGCGAACAAGGAAAAAUAAAUGGAAUACUCAGCAAUAAUUAAUAUUUUUAACAAAAAUACAGGCGUUUGCUCUUUUUAAUGAUAUUGUAAUGAUGCCUGUAGUAUUGUUAGAUAAUAUUCAAACCUGUAGUCAGGUCUCAGCAUAAUUAUUGUAUUGAUAGGCAUUAACAAUAACUGUAUUAUGAAAAUAGUGCACAUCUACUAUACUGUUAAAACUAACCAACACAGUGGUAAUACAAAUCAUUCCAUCCAUACAAUUCAGUUUUAUUUUUAAAAGUAUUUUCAACUAUUAAUUCUGCUACUUAUGUUGGAAAAAUUAUUUAUCUCUGUCAAAAUUGAAUUUGUAUUGGGAAUUAAUGAUCAAAAUCUGAAAUGUAAAGGUCUUAUAAUUGUUAUAAAAUAUUUAAAUGUUCACAUGCAAUAUUAUGAAGCUCUGCAAAGUUCUUUGCUCAGAGAACAGAAAACAGUUUUUGGACAAAACUCAAACUAAAUCAAUUUUUUAAAUAUUUUGAAACACUGAGCUUCCAGUUACUUUGUACUUGGAAAUACCAAAUCUUAUUCCAGAGCUAACUUAAAUUCGAGUGGUCCUUUUUGUGAGAUAAUGGAUCUUCCCAUCUAUGAAUAAAGUUGUAAAAGCUGUAGAGAAUCUGUAAAUCACGAUUGAAAAGUGUUUUACUCAUUUAAGUAUCGCUGACUAAAAUUUUUGACCGAAUUGUAAAAAAGUUUCAAAGAGCUUCAAACUUCCAAGAUACAAAUUGGAAUAUUAUCAAUCAACAAAAUACAAAUUCAAUUUCGUUGAGAAUAUUUAGAUGUUAAUAAUUAUCUUCCCUGUAAAAGUUUGAACCCCAAUCUGUUUACUAUCAGUAGACAAAAUGAACUGAAUUUAUUAGGCUCAAAUUGCUUUUGUAGACAUUUUAUCAAACAUAUUCUCAAUUAUUACUAAAAAUUAUAUAUUGUAUACUUAGCUCCUAACUAUCCUUAAUGCACAAAUUAAAUAUGCAAUUCCAAUAAUUGACCAUUAUUUUUGAAUUUUAUACAUAUAUUAUGAAAUAUUAUUGUUCACCAAUAUUUAUUUUGAUUUGUAAUCAGAUUGAAAUAUUCUGAAAAUAUUAUUAUUAUAUUGAUGUAAUAAUUGUUCUUAAUUGAACUGUGAAAUUGUUGUAUUUGACAGUAUUUUCUUAAAAUAAUUGAAUGUGUAGACUCUUGAUGUUCUACAUACCACCCAAUUGCCUUUGUUGAAUCUUUGUAUUAUCUUUAUAGUAUAUUGAAUCUAUUCGAUGUGUAAUAUUCAAAUCCAAAUCACUUUGCACUAGAGCAAAAUGCAUAAAACUCAUAACAGUAGAAUGUAUGAGUAAAGCAAUACUGAAACACUAAUUUUAGAUGGCCUGCAUUGGAAUUUGAAAAUAAAUUCAACUCGAUAUAAAUUGUAUUUAUAUACCUGUACAUAGUAUUAAGUCAUUUCAUGUAGCUAAAAUUUCCUACAAAAUUUGAAUAGUUUGUAAGUUUCGCCUUAUGUUGUUAUUUGAAAAAUCUACAUUUCAUAGCUGUUUAAGCAUUUUUACUAAAAACGAAAUUCCAAGUUGUGUAUCUGUACUUCUUCCAUUUAAUGUAAUGGAUAAUUAUUUGGUUAUUAUACACUGUGUAACAAGCAUUGUUGAUGUUCAUGUUGAUCUAAGUGAGAUAAUCCAAUUGUUUGAUGAAUGUGGAGAUUUUUGAAUUUUUAUUUUCAAUAUUUUUAGAUGUACGCUUACAAGCUCUAUAAUAUAAUUAUAAUGUCAUCGAUUUAAUUAAUUUAGAGUAGUGAUUACUAUUAUUUAGAUGAAAUUCUGAUGCGACUAUUCUAAUAGUUUAUACACAAGUAUAACAUACACAAAAGUUGAAGAAUUAGAUGUGUGUUACUGUAAUAACAGUCAGUACAAUAUUCUUGAUGUGAGGUUUUUCCACAAGUUGUUGUACUGUAUUAUUAAUUUCUUCUAAGUCAUUAAGAACCAAAGCCAAUUUUUUUUCUUGGCAAAACCGUUUAUAAUUUGGAAAUGUUAUAUAUACAAAAUACUCUUUACCAUUUUAAACAAUCGAUUGAAUGAAUGGUUAUAAUAUUAUAUAUAGUUAUUUAAGAUUGCUAAAGCAAAACGUCUUCCUAGCUACUAUGUAGUUUCUGUUGAUUUUUGAACCUGUAAAAAGGAUGGGUACCAUUGUCGAAUAUUGAUUAAUAUUUUUUCGUAGUAGAUUAGCUACUGGGUUUAUCUAUAUGAUGCACAGCUUCAUAUCUAUAAAUUGAAUAAAAUGUGUUUUCCUCUCAUUCUAUGGAGACAAUUUAUAAAAUUAAUGAAAUUCUACUCCUGAUUAUCAUUACUAUUGCCUUAAUCUUACCACAAUAAUUACAUGAACUAAUAACUAUCAAUUACUAAUUUUACAAAACAUCGUUCAACUCUUACAAGACUAGUUAAUUAAAUUUGUUAGCAAGAUAUACUGAUUAAGAACCACAAUUAUUAUUCUAAAAAUAGAAUAAAAGAGAGAUUAAGAUUCGUAUUUAUUUCAAUUUUCCCAAGUUGUAUAAAGUGUCUCUUGAUUCACUUUCUCUCUAAAAAAAUCUGCAAUAGCCUAUACAUUUCUAUACCGUAGGUUCAUUUCCAUUGAAUCUGAGUAGAUGUUUUUCAACUAGCUGUGACUUAUAUUUCCAUAGAUGUUCGUAUUCUAUAAUGAGUGUGUUUCUAGAUUGGUGUAUUAUAAAUAUUCGGUGUGACAAGUGGCAAGUGACAAGAAAAUGUGGUUGUGAUUAAUUUUCCAUAUUUGAAGUUGGCUCCCAAAAUUUAUAAUUAGUAGUUUGAGGAUGGAAAUAUCCACAAAUCGAAAAAAUGUACUCCAUCACUCUUUAAAAUUAGACAAUGUGCAAUAAUGAUUGAUAGGUAUUAUUGAUAAUGAAAAAUAAAAUCUCAAAAAAAAUAGGUAGAUGAUACUUAUAUUCUAAAGAAAUUUGUUAUGAAGUUCAAGAUUUAUUUUAUUAAGUGUAUUUCAAAACCAAGAUAAUGUCUUGUUGUGUGUGUUUGUGUGUGUGUUGUGUGGCUAUAAUUAGAAAUGUGUAAUGUUGUUGUUACACUACCAACUAUUAUUAGUGUACGAAAGGUUUUCUCAAUGUUUGAUGGUAAUUUUUAUUGAUAAUUCGAUGCAUUCCAAGUCUUGAUGUUGCUUUUUAAUUUUAAAUCUAGUUCAUCAAGUAAAUUUAAUUUAAUGAUAUUAUCAAUAUAGACAUUUUUGUGAUUGAUAUUAUUUCUAGUUUGAGGUGACAAUAGUGUUGAAAACGACUGCUAAGUGUGCUAUUACUACUUGGAGAAAACAAUAAGAGAAUAGUAUGUAAUACAUAGCAAAAGUUGAAUGGUUCCAAUACUAGGAGUCAAAAAUGUUAUAUAUCCAUUGAAAUAGUCAAUCAUAAGUACAAAUAUUCAGCAGACUAGGAGUUUAUUGAUUUAUUAUUUUAUUUUAUGUAGUCGUUGUAGACAAGUUGAUACAGCUAUAGGUUGGAAACAUAGUUACUAAAUCACUUGAACUAGGGCUUCGUAUAAUUUUAAUAUUUUGAAAACGCUUUGCAAAAACAUAUUCCAGGUUUAACACAAUUUGUCGUUGAAGUUUUAUUGAAAUAAUGUGUAUGAAUGAAUCUUCCAGUUUGGGACGAAUCAUUACUUUCUCCCUCUCAUAAUCUCUAACUGACUCACUCAUUUCCAUUCCUAUUAUAUCCAAUAACCUCCAUUUAUUAUCCUUCCUCUCUUUCCAUUUCUUCAAAAUUGAUUUCAACCCUCAUUUCAUGAAUUCAUUCUCAUUAAAUGAGAAAACCGCUUUGUGACGUUACAUAUAGAAAUACAUUGAACUUUGUAAUAUAUUUUUCAACUGUACAUAUUAACAUAUUUGCUCAAUCUAAUUGUUUUGAAGAAAACUUGUAUUGAUAAUAAGAGAUUUUUCUACUUUAUGGUAUCCUCAGUCUUAUAAAUUUAUUAAUGUAACGAUAAGAUACCGGUUGAAUGAAUGUGAUUGGUUAGAUAAGUUCUAUUCCAUGUGAGGUAUUGAAAUAACCUGUAACAAUUUCAAAAGUGAAAAGGAAUCUCAAUAUACAUUCUGGAGUGGGAUUGUGAAUUAAAAUGAAUUCUAAGACAGAUUUUUUUCCAUAUUCUCCUCCAUUUUUCUCAUAGGCCUACCCCUGAUUUAUCAUACUUUUCUUAACAUUAUGUUUUCUUCAAUCUUGGUCACAUCUGCAUAUUUUUCCUUAAUCGAUCUCAUCAUCUGACACUUUUAUCACAUUUGAAUAUCAUUUUUUUCCGAUUACUACUUACUUUUCCAAUGGUUCCUAUAAAGAUAAUACAAUUUUACACGUUUGUUCAUGUACAUAUAAAAUGUAAUAUAUUUGAGUAAAAUGAAACUCAAAUUGGAUGAUUCAUUCAUUGUAACAUUAUUUUCAAAACUGAGGUACUGUUCAGGUUUUCUUGGAAUUAUUAUUAAUUAAUAACAUAUCAUACAAAUAGAGGUUCUACUCGUAUACCUUUUAUAAGUAUUUGGCCUGUCAGUUUUUCAGUGAGGUAUGAUUUAAAUAUUUAUGCUGAAUAAAAUUUCGCAUCAUCAUACUUUCCAUUUGUGUUGGUGCUCUCAACUGUGUAAAUCCAAUUUUAGGUGUGACUAUACUGGAUCAAAUCUGAAUGAAAUCUUAUUACUAAGCGCAUACAAUACCUUGUUAAGACGAUAUAUUUCUGAAAUUUUUCUUAGCCUAAUUGAAUCAUAUAUAUAUACAUAAAUUAGACAAAUUAAUAACUUUAUUGUGUCUUAGUACAUGUCACAUUAAAACGAAUUAUGAGAUGAACUAUAUACAUUUUGCUAAACAAAAUAUAUAAAAAAAAAUUGUUCUAAAUAUUAUUCAUAUAUACAUCAUACUUAUAUUGAACUAUAUUAUUAUAUAAUGUAUUUGUUUUAUUAUAUACAUUAAAUAUUGUUUACUCGGCCCCCAGUUUUGAGGACCUAAGUUAUCGUUUUUCUAGAAAUAUUAAUAGAGUCUAAUAAGAAAUAUUUUGUGUGUAUUUUCUCAUUAAAUGUAAGUACUGACAAGAUAAUGUUGUGUAAGAUUUUGAUGUUAGGAUAAUUUGAAUCGGAUUAUCUUUGCAAUUAUUGUCUUUAUCACCAUCAAGAUCGCCAGGUGUUUUGGUAGAUGUUGAAUAUUUUGAUUUCUUAGAUAUUGUUAGGGUUGUCAAAGUAUUUGUAAAAAGUUUAGCUGUUCUUUUGCGAAUAAACGUUUAAAAAUGUC